AUGAUGGAUAUCUUCAUUGAAUACGCGCCAUGUAUUUAUGACCUAAAGAAGAACAAACCCGGAGUCAAGACUGGAGUCAUAGAAGGCCUAAGUCGCAGAGUCGAGGCUCUCGAGAAUACAGUGUACCAAGGCUCAGACGCCAAUAAUUCAACCUCGUCAGUCGACUCAUCACAACUCGUUGGAGCAUUCUCAAGUCUCAUACAAGAACUGCGAGGUUUGGUGUCCAAUGCUGGUGUCACCCUACCAUUGCAGACUAUCAACAGCUCUUUGGCACAGAUUCAACACACGACACCUGGAACAGCGUCUCUCUCAUCCCCAAACGAUGUCCAUCAGCAGCCUCGGAAGAGAAGAAGAGUCGACAGCUGCGGCAAUCCAAACAUAGAGUUGGCCAGUCAACUUGGCGAGCUGGGAAGCACGACAAGCCAACUACCACCACCAGAGCUACUAGAAGAAGUCAUCAACGCAUAUUUCAUCCUGGUUCAGCCAUGGAUACCCAUACUACAUGAAACUCGUUUUAGAAGCCGGUUUUACAACCAUGAACAAUUACCCUGUCUUACUGUACUUCUACACGCCAUAGUGGUUGCUGCCAUCCGCUUCGUGGACCUUGGUAGCGAGAAGCUGUCAGAGAGGGAGACCGAAACAUGGAUAUCCAAGUCCAGAAGUAUAGUGCUCUUGUCCGGUAUGGACGGUAUGUCGGUUGAGAACUUACAAGCUCUAAGUAUAAUAGCAUUUACGGAUAUGGGCAACGGAGACAUGCCCCGGGCCUGGCCUAUCAUAGGAUCGCUCACGAGGACCGUCGAGUAUCUGCAGCUCAGCGUUGAGUUUGAUGAUCGACAACAAGGACCUCUUCUCAAACCAUUAACAUCCUUACCGCCACCUCAGAAUUGGACACAGGAAGAAGAACGAAGACGAGUCUUUUGGAGUAUCUUCAACUUGGAUAGGUGGAACACAAGCCUAACAUCAGACGACGUUCGCAGAAGACUUCCAGCCGAUGGCGGUCUUUGGCACAAGGAAGAAACAGUAUUAACGCCUUACUUUGGUAUCUGGGAUCGGUCUGCUGCAAAAAUGGGCAACUCGAUCGUCUUCCUCCCAGCGCACUAUCCAAGCCCCGAACAAGUCACAGAAGCACCACCAGAAACGCCGUCGACAAAUACUACAGCAUCCAAGAGGAACGACACAGUUGAUAUGACCACUGUGGGCGCCUUUGCAUAUUGCAUCGAAGCAACUGAGUCUUUGAGUCGGGUUACUACAUACUUUCUUCAACAAAGGAUCAAUUUCAAAGAUCGUCAGGAGGUCGGCAACUGGCUUACCAGAUUCAAGGAAUUGGAUCUUCGCCUCGUUCAUUGGAAGAUGUUCUUGCCUCAAAAGUGGAAAGACUCCAACAUUUCUAGACGGCCGACCAUCAUCAACAUGGAUCCGAACCUUACCCUCGCUCACAUCACACACAAUACCUCGAUGAUUUUGCUACACCAACAGAUAGCAUAUCCAGCACCGCAGUGGACAAGCAUUGUCAGGAUGCCCAGUGCGCAUAGUGCCGAAACAUGCCAAAUCGCGGCGGCGGAGACGGCGACAAUCACUCAAAAGUACCUAAAGUACACACCAGAUAAUAGUCCAGUGAACAGUCAAUUUGCAUUCUGUGUCUUUGUUAGUGCUCGGGCACUGCUAGUGCAUUGGAGAUACUAUAAAACAGUCUUGGCUUCUGAGUUUUGGGUUUUGAUCGACAGUCUUGACCAGUUUGCCAAACGAUGGGCAGGUCCAAUAUCGGAAGCAAAGUCAAAAACAUCCCUCGCUGGAAAAUACAGUGCUCAGUUACGUGCUCUUUACCAAAAGUGUACAGAGAAUCCAGAGUACUCUCCUGAUGUAGUUGGAUAUUCUACCGACGGCUUUGUCGAUCACCUUUCUACCCAGACUCCCCAGGGACAUGAGCUUACUCGAAAUAACAUCCAGAGUGAGGGCACGGGGGCGGUGGGAGUUUUGAAUACAACAUUUGAUACACGACCGCCGAAUACCGGACUCCCCUUCGACCCUGCGCAUACACAAAUUUCAAAUGACCAGCUCAACUUUCUACCUCAAAUAUCGCCUACGAACCCAGGCCUAGAGCACAAUUCUCCAGAUGAGCUAUCUGCUAUCUCUACUGUUCUCAUGGACCAGGACUUUAUGCAGUUGGAUCGAGUAAUUAGUUUCGACGAUAUGAUGUUUACGGCACAGACUAUCGACGAUCAAGGAGCUCCGUUUCCUAUGGACAAUUGGACUUUGAACUAA